AUAGAGAAAGUUCCUCUAGGGGAAUACGAACAGAAAAAUCCGUUUCUUAUUGUGUCGAUCCCAAAACGCUACCGCGACACAGCAAUCCACGAGCAGUUGAGGGGCAAGUCUUCUAUACUGAUGACUCACUUCGACUUACACGCCACGUUUAUGGAUAUUCUGAAGCUGCAACCAUCCAGCAACUUCUCGAGCACAUCAUAUCGCGAUAUGGAGCCGUUGAGCAAAGGUUCCUCAUUGUUCCGAGAAUGGCGUGGACCAAGAAACUGCCGGACACUUCCGAUUCCCUCCCAGUACUGCCUUUGCCAGUACAACAGAACAGCAAUCAAUGACGAAUCUCUAACAGAUAAAGCUGGACGCUUUCUCGCACAGCAAUUGAACAAAUUACUUGAAAAUGCAGGGCUACGUGAAAAAUGCCAGAAGCAGUCCUACUAUUCGUUGAGGACUCCAUCUUACCAAACACGUCCGAGUCCAUUUAUGACUCACAGCGCCACCGAAACGAAAGAUGGAGAUAUUUCCAUAUACGAAGUUGCUGUUUAUCUCUGGCCAUCCAAUGGACUUUUCUCG